AUGUCCCAUAAUUAUUCACCUUGGCCUCUAAUCUUCCUCGUCAUCAUCUCAGUGGUGCACAUUAAUGUUGCCUCUGGUGCCAAACCAUCCCAGUCUGAAAUUCUUCUCGAGUUUAAGAAUUCUCUACGUAAUGUUACUGCAUUAGGCAGUUGGAACACAUCCACUACGCCAUGCGGUGGUUCGCCGGGAGGUUGGGUCGGUGUUAUUUGCAUAAAUGGAGACGUCUGGGGAUUACAACUGGAGGGUAUGGGACUCAUGGGCACCAUUGACAUGGACACCCUUGCGAAGUUGCCUCAUCUGAGGGGUAUAAGCUUCAUGAACAAUCAUUUUGAUGGGGCCAUUCCAAAAAUAAAGAAACUCAGUGCACUAAAGUCAGUUUUCUUAUCCAACAACCAGUUUUCUGGGGAGAUAGAGGAUGAUGCCUUUUCGGGUAUGGUUUCGUUGAAGAAGGUGCAUUUGGCACAUAAUAAGUUUUCAGGUGGGGUUCCUGAGUCCUUGGCUUUAUUGCCUAGGAUUUUGGAGUUGAGGUUGGAGGGGAACCAUUUUAAAGGCCAGAUACCUGAAUUUAGAGCAACUCAAUUGCAAUCCUUCAACAUAUCCAACAAUAACUUGGAAGGUCCGAUCCCGGAAAGCCUUAGAAAGAUGGAGUUGACCUCAUUUUCAGGUAACAAAAAUCUAUGUGGAGCACCGUUGGGUUCAUGUCCUCGGCCAAAGAAACCAACAACGCUAAUGAUGGUUGUUGUUGGAAUCGUUGUGGCCUUGGCAUUAUCUGCCAUCAUUGUAGCCUUCAUCCUCCUCCGCUGCAGCAAAUGCCAAACAACUCUAGUACAAGUAGAGACUCCACCAUCGAAAGUGACUUGUAGGGAGUUAGAUAAGGUCAAGCUUCAAGAGUCUAACACUGAAUCCGGGAAAAAGGUUGAGCAAGGAAAGUUGUACUACUUAAGGAAUGAUGAGAACAAGUGUGAUUUGAAAGACUUGCUAAAAGCCUCAGCUGAAAUAUUAGGCAGUGGAUACUUUGGCUCUUCUUACAAAGCUGUUCUGGUGAAUGGGUCAUCCGUGGUUGUUAAGAGGUUUAGACAUAUGAAUAAUGUUGGAAAAGAAGAGUUUCAAGAGCAUAUGAGAAGACUAGGGAGACUGAAUCACCCCAAUUUGCUUCCUUUUGUGGCUUACUACUACAGGGAGGAGGAGAAGCUCCUGGUUACUGACUUCAUUGACAAUGGCAGCUUGGCAAUUCAUCUUCAUGGUAACCAUGCUCGAGACCAACCAAGGCUCGAUUGGGCAACUCGGUUGAAAAUCAUUAAAGGAAUAGCCAAGGGCCUUGCAUACCUCUAUACUGAGCUCCCUACCCUAAUUGCACCUCAUAGCCACCUGAAAUCUUCUAAUGUUCUUCUUAGCAAGUCUUUCACGCCCCUGCUCACUGACUACGGUCUAGUACCCUUGAUUAACCAGGAGAUUGCCCAAGCGCUCAUGGUCGCAUAUAAGUCACCAGAAUACAAACAACAUGGUCGGAUAACAAAGAAGACCGACGUAUGGAGUUUUGGGACAUUGAUACUAGAGAUAUUAACUGGAAAGUUUCCCACUCAAAAUUUACAACAAGGUCAAGCAAGUGACACUGAUUUGGCAAGUUGGGUGAAUUCUGUUUCCCAGGAAGAGUGGGAAGAUGAGGUGUUUGAUAAAGAGAUGGGAGGGACGACGAACAGUAAAUGGGAGAUGGUGAAGCUGUUGAAGAUAGGGUUGGCUUGUUGUGAAGGGGAUGUGGGAAAAAGGUGGGAUAUGAAGGAGGCAGUUGAGAAGAUCGAAGAGUUAAAAGAGAAGGAUAGCGAGGAUGAUUUCUAUUCUUCAUAUGCCAGUGAAAUGGAAAGCCCUUCAAGACAACUGUCAGAUGAACCCUCUUUCUCAUGAAUGGUGUUGAGAGGUGGAAUAGAGGAUUGGCUGCCUU